UAUAGUAUUAUGUUUAGAAAUUAAGAAAACUUUAUAUCAAAUUAUACAAUGGUUUCAAUGAAAAAAAUAAAGAAUAAAGUAUUUUGAUUAUUUGUAUUAUGCAAAUUGUUUUACCGUUAGCAUUUAAUUAGUAAAUAAUGUUUCACUUUCGUAAUUUUUUUUACAGUUUCUUAAUUUGUGUAUAAAUCUUUGUAUCAUUACUUUCAAAUUUUGAGAAAGAAACCAAAGGCAAACAUGCAGGUGCUUUCACAACCGUCGGUCAGUAAUAACUUGAAGUCUAUAGUCAAGUAAACGGUCAACAUAGGCAAUAGUAAAUGAUAUCAUUGGGAAAAUGUAAAAAAUUUUGUUUGAAGAUUUGGGAAAAUAUAGUUAACAGAUAAUUUCCUCCCAAAGAUGUAAGUAUAUAAAAGAAAACCCCAAAGAGUGAAAAGAGAGAAACCAAAAAGCUUGAAAUGCAUAUUUCUAUCAAGAAUGUCAAGGGGGAAAACAUCAACCUAGAGGUAGAGGAUAGCUCCACGACCAUCGAUCUCAAGAUCUAUGGACUCACUCGUCAGUUGGUUCUUGGUUUGAAUGGUGAUAGUGAUGCCUAUCAAGGUCCGGAUGCACUCAUGCGGAUUUUUGUAUCGGCUAUAAAGGAGAAAAAAUUCAUCCUACAAAUGAAGGGAUCCGAUACCAUUAAGAAAAUCAAGACCAUGAUCCAUGAUCAGGGUGGCCUACCGGUGGAUCAGCUGAAUCUUAACUUUCUUGGCACCAAGCUCGAAAACAGUCACACCGUAGCUCACUACAACAUCAAGCCUGACUCAAAUCUUGUCAUUGUGCAGCGGGGUUGCAUUUUCUAAAAUAAUGUCUUUCUUUGUUUUACAGAAUAUGAUCAGUAUUGCUUUUGAUAUUUCGAUACACAAGUAGCUCACUACAAGAAAUAAGGUUUUUUUUGACCGAA